UUCUCUUCCUAGAAUGCCUAAGUCAAAGGAACUUGUGUCUUCAAGCUCAUCUGCCAGUGAUUCAGAUAGUGAAGUUGACAAAAAGGCAAAGCGGAAAAAGCAAGCAGCUCCGGAAAAGCCUGUAAAGAAACAGAAGACUGGUGAAAGUUCAAAAGGUGCAGCUUCUUCUAAGCAAAGCAGUAACAGAGAUGAGAAUAUGUUUCAGAUUGGCAAAAUGAGGUAUGUCAGUGUUCGUGACUUUAAAGGGAAAGUCUUAAUUGAUAUUAGAGAAUAUUGGAUGGAUCAAGAAGGUGAAAUGAAGCCUGGCAGAAAAGGUAUUUCUUUAAAUCCAGAACAGUGGAACCAGCUGAAGGAACAGAUUUCUGAUAUUGAUGAUGCAGUAAGAAAACUGUAAAGACAGAGCCAUACAGAAACUUUUAUCAUUUUAGUUGUUUUAAGCGGUCUUUUUACAUUGGCUUUUGUUUUCUAAAAUAUUGUUUUCCAAGCUAUUGUAUAUUUGGAUUGCAAAACGAUUUGUAAGAUGAAUACUUUUUUUAUGUGCAUUAAAAGUGUAUUCUGAGUGAGGCUAUUUGUGUAUACUUUACUAAAAGGAAAUGUGUUGCUUUCACCUCAUGGUGUAAAAUAAAUAAUAUGUAAAGCGUA